AUGGCGCCUAAACCACCGCUGGGUAGAGGCCUAAUCGACUUCCUCGCCGAACCGAACGUCCAUUGGCCAAUCUUCGAAUCAAUAACCUCCCAACUAGACGUCUGCGAUUUCAUCAAACUCCGCAGAGUCUCAAAGUCUCUUUCAAAUGUCUACGAGACUGUGCAGAAGUCGCAGUGGAACAUUAACGAGGCGUUGACUAAGUCCGUGAAGGAUCCGCCGGCACUUCGUAGUAAGCUAGGUCAAGCUUCAGGAGUUAUAUCUGGACAGUUUGCUCUCAAAUUCCUUGACAGGCAUGUCGUCGGCGAUCGUCUUGACGUCUUUGUGCACGGGCGAAUGGAAGGUAUGGCCAAUGUCGAGUUCAUGGCAUGGGCGAUCGAGCGCGAAGGAUACGCCGUGACCCGAUCUUACAGUCACGACGAAGAGCGCUCCAAAGGCACUGUUGAAGACAAACAGUACAAAACCGACGUAUAUCAACGCCCAGGGAGCAACAGUCCAUCAAUCUACCUUCAGCAUACGCGCGAAACACCUAUCGUAAACCUCCUGUCUACGGGAUGCCAAGGCACCAUCGCUCUUUCGAACUUCAUCACACCAAACAAGGUGUACGCUCCCUUCGCAAAAGAGACCUUCUACGAGCACCGUGCCUAUCUUCACGGACCCCUCAAAGAUGAUUUUGGUGAAUAUCUCAAGGCCGUUGCCAAGACUGGACGACGAAUCCUCGGGAUCCGAUGGAAAGACCAGCACAAGAGUCCGCAUAAGAUGCGUAAACUGACUGACGGCCACAUGUGGAGCAUGGCGCUCGACUCGACAAAUGUCGCUGCUCCUGUGACACCCAGCUUCGUCACAGAUGCUACCACGUUCAAGUUCUAG